CCUCUGACUCUCUCUUUCUCUCUCUAUAACAACUAUGGGCCAAAAGGAAAUGGGUCUUUGUUUUCUUUGCUCGAUUACCUAACGCUCUUCCAUUUUUCAAAUGUAAACGCUCAACCAAUCCCCACUUGGUUUUCAUUUCUUCUUCUCCCCUCUCAUUUGACUUGAUCGUCUUCUUCCUCUACCCUUUUUUCUCUUCCAGCAUUCCGAUUCUGCAACUCCACAACUCGUUUUUGAAGCAAUGAAGUGCUUCCACUUCACCAAUGGCGAGAGAAGGGAUGAUGAAGACGCCGUCGUUUCUAGAGUCUCCAAGGUCUCCUGGGCUCGUUCGCUAAGUAUGGCUUCUAGCACUUUUGAUACCAGGCGGUCCGAGUUCGAUUCUGACUUUUCUAGGGAUGUUUCCGACUCGAUUGGGUUCGAUGAGUUUUUGACUCACCGGAGAGGGAAUGAUCUGCGCGUUUUUUCCUUUUCCGAGUUGAGAUCAGCCACGCGAGGGUUUAGUAGGGCAUUGUUGAUUGGGGAAGGAGGUUUUGGUUGUGUGUUUAAAGGAGUUGUUAGGGCUUCUGGUGAUGAUAAUGGUGGCUCCAAUUCCAAGUCUGAUUUGAAAAUGGAGGUUGCUGUUAAACAGCUCAAUCGCAACGGCUUCCAGGGGCACAAAGAGUGGAUCAACGAGGUGAACUUUUUAGGUGUGGUGAAACAUCCAAAUCUUGUGAAAUUAGUUGGAUACUGUGCAGAAGAUGAUGAAAGGGGAAUGCAAAGGCUUUUGGUUUAUGAGCUUAUGCGCAAGAGGAGCUUGGAGGAUCAUCUAUUGGUUCGAGUAUCUUCACCAUUGUCAUGGUUGGCAAGGCUUAAAAUUGCUCAGGAUGCAGCUCGUGGUCUUGCAUAUCUACAUGAAGAAAUGGAUUUUCAGCUAAUUUUCCGCGACUUAAAAGCAUCAAAUAUCCUGCUAGAUGAAGAAUUUAAUGCGAAGCUUUCGGAUUUUGGACUUGCCAGACAGGGUCCUCCGGAAGGAAUCAGUCAUGUGUCAACAUCGGUUGUGGGUACAGUAGGGUAUGCUGCUCCAGAGUAUGUCCAAACUGGCAGGUUGACUGCAAAGAGCGACGUGUGGAGCUUCGGAGUUGUUCUCUACGAACUCAUUACAGGAAGACGAGCCGUGGAGAGAAACCUACCUCGCAACGAGCAGAAGCUUUUGGAAUGGGUUAAACCAUAUGUGUCUGACCCUAAGAAGUUCCAUCUUAUUAUCGAUCCACGGCUCGAGGGAGAAUGUGACAUUAAGUCAGCACAGAAACUUGCAUCACUGGCUAACAAAUGCCUGAUGAAGCAGCCUAAAAAUCGCCCAAAAAUGAGUGAGGUUGUCGACAUUCUUGGAAACAUCAUCAGUGAAUCAUGUCAAGAUGAAACAGUUCCUCAACCGAGUGACAACAUCGUCGAAACGAAGGAAGAAACUGUGGAGGAGGCCGAAGUCGAGGCUGCUACUACUACUAGUAGUAGUACAAGGCAUAGAAAUAGUCAUCUAAGGAAAGUUUUUGAUUUUAAAGAUAUGGUGAGCUUGAGAAACAAAUCUUUUGGGAAGUUAGAUUGGAGAAAUUGGACACCUGGGUUGGUGAGAACUUGGUGACAAGCUUUGCUUAUUCUUUGGUAAUUGCAUAACAGCCCUCCAUUUUCUCUGUUUUUGCCAUACCUCUAAAAAUCCCUUCAUUGUUACAUUCAUUCAAAUUUCUUCCCUUUUAUGUGAUUAUAUUCUCACGAACUCCAAAGAGAGUGACUGUGGAAGGAAGGAAUGAAGAACAACUGAGUGGCAACGAGCGGGGAAGAGGCGUUAACCGAAGAGAGCGACUAUGCUAGGAGGAUGCAGGAGUGGAGUCAUCGACUGUAUCAUGCGAGGAUUGUAUUGUGUUGUACUGAGUAGCGACUAGUGAGGAAGGUACUUGAGUAGGAACUUGAAAGAUGUACUAAUGUCGACUGAAUUGUUAUGCACUCGCAGAGGACUGAGGUAUGCGUCGUGCGAGGAGUACACAUACGAUGUGGGAUCUAACGAUGGUAUACUAAACGUGGGUUGGGCUUGAGCUUGGGCCCAACUCCUUCUCUUCUUUUA